AUCUAAUAGGAUUAAUAUUUUACAAAACAUUGCGGGUUCUGUGAGCUAAUCGAUGUAGAACAGUUGUUAUAUUGUACCAGGGAGUAUUAACGUUUGAAAGCAGAUAUCACUGAAAUGUUGUUACAUUGUAUAUUUCAAAAUUUUCAAUGCCUGAAAUUAUAUUUAGUCUAGGAGUCUUUUCAACUCCAAGUUCAACUACUUUUAAACUCAAGUUCAUCGAACUCCACCAGUCAUUGAUAAUUUUAUUUUAAAUGUUUGAAAUUAUACUUUUUUAUCUAUCCUUUAUUAAUAUUUUCAUACCAGUAAAAAACUAUUAAACCCAGUUCCAGGAUUAAAAUUUUUAUUAAUAUUAAAAUAUUUGACAUCAUUUUCAAUAGUUGGAUAAGAUAUUUUUCAAGAAUGGGAAUUUACUUCUUAAUAAGGCCAGUAUUUUCCACCUAUAGAAAUAAUUUUCACUUUGAGGAAAAGUGGAACCCUUGUUAACCAUCUCUAGUAUAGGUGACCUUGGCUUCUAUAAAAUCUUUCAUUGCCCCAGUCCUGCCUUAUACCUUAGUAUUAUUUGUCCGCUUCCGUAAUCGACCGAAGCUGUUAAACCUAACAAACUUGUCAGUCAUAAAUUGCUGUUUAUCUCUUUUCUGUAUGGGGCUACUUGUAAUACAAAUAGAAAGAAAAAUAAAAAAUCUCAGUACCCUUUUUGAAUCAUUUAAUCACAACAUGUUUCAACAUUCAUGCAUUUUUUCAAGUGAUUAUCACUACUGAAAUACUGAUUUUUUUUUAUUUUUCUUUCUACUUAUAAAUUGCUGUGUUCGAUCCUUUUUCAUGAAUGUGACAAUAUUUCAUAUUAUCUUACCGUCCUCAGCUGAGCAUGAAUGUAAUGGUAAUUGUGACUUGUUUAAAAUUUUCCAACACCUUCGAAUUGUCUUGACUAUUGUAAAUAAUGUACUUACUGAAGAAUAUUUUUGUCUGUACAAAUAUUUUUAAAUCUGUAGUUAUAUUUUAAUUAAAUGUUUCAAUGUUCAUCUCUAUUUUUAUUACAUUGUCCUUAUAUUUGUAUUUUUUAAAAUAAAUACGUAUUUAAGCUUUAAAGAAGCCAUAGAAGAAAUUGAAGAAGCAUUUACAUGAAAUUACUACUUUAUCAUUAACCAAAUAGAAAAUUUGUCACGUAUUUGAGUUAUCACGCCUACCUAUCUAUCAUCUAAAUCUUAUUAUAUUUUGGUGUUAUUGGAACUGGAAUGUUUUUCUUGAAUAACAGUGAAUAUUGAAACUGCUGUUUUCAAGGUGAAAAGUAGCUGGAUCUAAUAGCUACAUCAAGAACAACUUUUUUAUGCAAAGAGUAAGGUCAAAGUUUAUAGAAGAGAGAGAAUGGAUGAAUAUAAUAAUUCUACUCACAGACUGGUUUGGUUAACGCCUGAGAAAAUAAAAAUACCAAUUAUUGUUUGCGUAUGUGAAUUUCCACACGUACAUGGUACCGUAUUAUAAGAUGUGAGCCGGUGAUUUCAAACAGGAUAUGGUUUAGUGGUUGUAGUUACAAUGGACUACCUACUUACUCGACAGUUGCAAUAACUAAUAACUUGCUUUGUUUGUAAAAUCUUCUUUCCAGAGGAUAGCCUUCAAUUAAUGAAGAAACAGUUCAUUGCUCUUGAAAACAACGCUUCUCUGUUCUUCACGUAGUCUUAGCAUGAAUAAGCUACUACCACUUAUUUUUGCAGUUUUCUCUCCAUAUAUGUUGUCUGAUAAAGGCUCCAUUAUUGAAGUACGUGGAGAUCUAAUUAUCGAGCCGAUCACCAACAAAUGCCUGACGUGUAUUUGCAACGGAGCGAGUCGAUGUGGUCUAGAAGUGAAGUGCGACGGAGAUGUGUGUGGCGUUUUCUCCAUUGGCUACGAGUAUUGGCUGGACUCCAACUCACCCACACUGCCCUUCGAUAGCCCCGAAUCAGAAGGAGCGUACAUUAGAUGCGUCUCAGAUCUUAGCUGUGGUGCAGAAGUGGUUGCCAAUUAUAUGAAGAAAAAUCCAUAUGAUUGCGAUUCAGAUGGCUUAGUGACUUGUUGGGACUAUGCUGGAUUACACAACAGGGGAAAGUUGGAAUGCGCAGGAUUUUGGGAUAUCGAUUUCGAAAUGAACUAUAAAUCCUGUAUGGAUAAUUCAAGUAUGAUCUUAGACUUUGGAAUCGAAUAAAAAUAUAAUUUUCAAGAAACCA